CAUGGUAGCAGUACUUUUGAGGACAAGAUCAUCAUUUUAAACGUGCGUUUCAGUAAGAUAAACGUCGGAUUUGAAACUUCUUUCCAUUAUUUUUCAACCUCAGGAAAUAUAUAUUACAUGUACGUGGACAUCACUCGUUGACCGCUGUCUGAACCCAAUUCAAUAUAAACUUCUAUAUAUGGAGUCUUACUCGAGUUGGUGAAUAUACAUGAAUAUAGUGUGAUUGUGUGCCGAGGAGCCACUAGUCGACUGUCCAGGGACUUCUGCGGGAUCUCUUGUGAAAGUAUUUUCAUUAGCUAAUCACAAAUGGCCUCGCCAAAGUGGGCUGAGUCAGGUCUUAUACCGGAUGUGAUUGACGUGGCCCCGCCCCUCAGAGCCGAGGUCGUCUACUCAUCAGGUGUGUCAUGUGACUUUGGGAACGAGCUUACACCAACUCAGGUAAAGGACAUGCCUCAUAUCACCUUCCCAUCUGAAGAGGGCGCCCUGUACACUAUCAUUAUGAUAGACUGGGAUGCACCAGAGGCGGUGAGAGCGAUACACCAUUUUAUGAUGGCAGACGUAUCACACGGGGACUCUAAGACUGGCACUGUUCGUUCUGAGUACAUCGGCUCGGGUGCUCCCGAAGGAACAGGCUUGCAUCGAUAUUGCUUCUUUGUCUUCAAACAACCGCCAGGAUUUAAACCUGACGGGCCAUAUCUUCCAAGAAGUCGAGAGAGAAGGAAAAAGUUCUGCUUGAAGCGGUAUGCUGCUGAGAAUAACCUAGGUGACCCGGUGGCAGGGAACUUCUUCCAAGCUCAGUACGAUGACUAUGUCCCCACGCAGACGGCUGAGUUGAAUGCGGCAACAAAAACUAAGAAUUUAGAUUUUCAUCAAUAGCGAUUUAGGUAAUUCUAUUGGAGCGGCAUUCCAGGUUGGGGGCGGGGUACCACCCCUAAUCUUUCAAGUAGUAAGUAAGAAAAAGAGGAUAAAACAAAAAUAUGGUAGAAGAAAAUGGAAAAAUGAAGGAGAGGUAUCAAACUGAGAAGUCGAUGGAUGGAAACAAAACAAAAAGGUGCAUAAAGGGACAUUGUACCUAGUAGCGCCUUUAUCCCUCUACGGUCCCUAAUACGAUCCCUUUAAGAUCAAGCUACGAUCCCUGAAGAAAUAGUACGGUGACCGUAAAUAAAGUAAAUGCAAAAAAUCUUAAACACCUACAAUGACUUAAUUUU